CUGAAAUGACUCACUGUGCGUGAAUGUUUGGAAUUGGUGAGGCAUCAACUGUGAGGUGGAAAAUCGGGUUGCCCGCUUUGGUGUUGGGAAAGUAGAAAGCUGUCCAAGGAAGGAUAUCGUCGGAAAACUGCUUUCCACCCAUAUCUAUUUAGUUAAUCGAAGAUGGACCGUUGUGAGCAACACGUACAAGCGAUUCCUUUGCAGCGCCUUACUACACGUGAAGAAAACCAGAGGCGGCAACAGUUGCGGCAUGUCUUCGAGAAGUACGAUACGGAUUCCGAUGGUUAUCUAAACAUAGUCGAGAUGAAGCGCCUGAUAAGCGAGAGAAAGUGUCCAGACAUGCCGAAGGACUUGGCGAUUCACUUACUAAAAGCAUCUGAUACAAACAAUGAUGGCCGUCUGGAUUUUAAUGAGUUUUACAAACUAAGCACCGAGCAUCCGUACUUUCUUUGUGAGAUGUAUAUCAAGUAUUGUAAGGUGGUAGUGCCUAAGCGCAACGUGGUUGAAGAAGGGGACGUGUUAGAUGGCGAAUAUGAGCAAAGCAUGAAACUAUGGCCGCCACCGCUAGUGAUGAUAAUUUUUUCGAUACUGGAAAUAAUUUUCUUCGUCAUCGAUAUCGUCAAAACACAAGAACAAAAUGGAACUAGCACCAGCGGUCCAAUGGCGACCUUGUUUAUCUACAAUCCACACCUCAGGCAUGAGGUGUGGCGUUUCCUAACGUACAUGUUUGUACAUAUCGGAUUUAUGCACCUUAUUAUGAAUUUGCUCGUGCAAAUAUUUCUGGGCGUUGCACUGGAAUUGGUGCACUGCUGGUGGCGUGUGGCGUUGGUCUAUCUUGCCGGUGUCAUAGCCGGCUCCAUGGGUACCUCACUGUUUACGCCACGUGUGUUUCUGGCCGGUGCUUCCGGUGGCGUUUACGCACUCAUCACCGCUCACAUUGCAACGAUUAUUAUGAACUGGAAACAGAUGGAAUAUGCCAUCGUUCAGCUGUUCGUGUUUCUGGUGUUUUGCGUUACAGAUUUGGGGGUUUCGAUAUACAACAGCAUUAACGAUCCGUUCGAUAAGGUGGGCUACAUUGCCCACGCAAGCGGUGCCUUGGCCGGAUUUUUGGUCGGUAUUGGAGUGUUGCGAAAUCUGAAAGUUGAAUCCUGGGAGCGAAAGCUUUGGUGGUGUGCGGUAACUGUCUAUUUCCUGCUGAUGAUCGCCGGCAUAAUGUACCACUUCCUGGACCCUUCCCAUUUUUACUAGUCUAAGAUC